AUGGAUGAUGAUCUAUUAGAUUUUGCAUCACAGAUAUUUGAACACCCAACAUCUUCAAAUGUAGCAAAUGCAACCAACUUAAAUGUCACUGAUAAAAAUCAAGUUUUACCACCACCAAACACAUCAUCAUCAGUAACAGCAGCAUCAUCAUCACCAAGUUAUGUUUCACCUAUGUUAGCACAACAGAUAGUAUCACAAUCGAUUAGUGUCAAAAGUGCAAGUGUGGGUGUCAGUAGUGGUAUUAGUUUAUCUCAACAGCAACAACAACCACAACAACAGCAACAAGAUAAUGAUAGAGAUAUUAGUAGUAGUAUAAAUGUAGAUGAUAUCGAUGAAAAUGAAAAUGAAAUUAGUCAAAUAUUAUUAGAUAGUUAUGUACUUGACUAUGGUGAUGAUGACGAUUAUGAUGUGGAAAUGGAUGAUCAAAGUAAUAAUAAUAAUAAUAAUAAUAGUAGCAAUAAUAAUAUUUUAGAUCUGAAUAUAAAUAAUAAACGUAGUAAUUCAACAGCAACAUCACCUUUAAAUGAUUCAUCUUUAAAGAGAUUAAGAAAGAGUACAUCUUCAAUCGAUAAUGCUACGACACCAAUGAAAUCAAUACUAUCAUCUGUCAAUACACAAGAAGAUGAAAACAAUACACAACAAGAUAGUUUAAAUCCUUUCGAGUAUAAUGCAACAACAACUGCGACAACAAAUCAAAACACAGUAUCUGAACCAAAGAGAAAGAAUUUACCGACAUGGAUGAAAAUGAAAUCAAACAGUAACAUUGGAAAUAUCGAUAAUACCAAUGAUAUUAUGACGAAACACUCUGCAAAAUCAAAGAGUAAGAAUGAACAUCUAGAUAGAUUGAAUGCUCUGGCUUCCUCUACGACGACAGCUGACGGUAAUAGUGGUGCAGCAGCUGGGUGGUUACAAUCGAUGCGCGGAUUCGAUGAGUUGGAACAACCGGUUUUAAAUGGCAGAGUUGUCUGCUUUGAUUUGGAAACCUCUGGUUUCGGUCCGGAUGACUCGAUCAUUGAGAUUGGUGCGGUCGAGUUGAUCAAUGGAUGUCGCACUGGCCUCACAUUCCAGAGCUAUGCCAAGCCGAAAACUCAGAUACACCCGGCAGCCGAACAAAUUCACCAACUCUCCAACUUUCUACUUCAGGAUGCACCGCCAAUCGAGUUUGUACUCUCCAGUUUCAUGGACUUUGUAGGUGAUUCCAUUCUGGUGGCUCACAAUCUUGCUUUCGACCGUCGUAUGCUCAUACAGGAACUCGUUAGGAGCAAAACACCAUUCGAUAUCAAUCACAAAUGUUUCUGUACAAUGCGUUACUUUAGAAAGAUGUAUAAAGAUUCAAAUUAUAGUUUAGAUUCAAUUAGUCAACAGUUGAAAAUCAAUAAACUUUUAUUGAGAAGAACACAUGGUGCAUUGGUAGACAGUGAAAUAUUGGCAAUUGUAUAUAAACAUUUACUUAGUUUACCAUCAAACUAUGCUGAUUUGAAGAUAUUCAACAGAUUAGAUAAACUUCAAGGUUUAAAUUCAACAACAAAUACAAAUAAUACAAAUUCAAAUAUAAAUACAACUUCAGCAAAUAUAGCUGCUACACCUUCUAAAAAUCAAUCAGAAAACAAUAGCAAUAACAAUAAUAAUAGUAAUAGUAAUAAUAGUAUUAAUGAUAGUCCACUUAAAAUAGUUAAUUCUUCACCAUCUAUAAAAACAACUUCAACCUCAACGACAAUAACAACAACAUCACCAUCAAAAAAUAAUUUUAGUAAUAUCGAUAUUACAAUGUAUCAUGGUAAUAAUGAUGGAUGUAUAUUGAAUCAUUUGGAUCAUUUGGUAUUGACUACAAGAGAUAUUGAUAGAUGCACAGAGUUUUAUUGUGAUGUGCUUGGAUUGAAAAAGGAGGUGUUUGGUGAAGGAAGAGUUUGUCUGAAAUACGGCAAACAAAAGAUCAACUUACAUCACUAUCAGAAUGUAUUCAAACCACACGCAGAUAUACCGACACCAGGUUCACUCGACCUUUGCUUCAUAUCAACAGUUCCACUCCGUGAAGUAUUGAAACGUAUGUUUGAAAAACAAAUCGAUAUCGAAGAAGGACCAAUCCCAAGAACCGGUGCCAACGGUAAAAUACUUUCAAUCUACAUUAGAGAUCCCGACCAAAAUUUAAUUGAAAUUUCAGAAUACAUAAAAGAAUAG